CCACAAAGGGAUAAAAACGCUUGCAAGGAAGAGCAGCUUGAGAAAACCAAGUUCAAGGGAGAGAAACUUUUAAACUACCUGUUUACUUGUUUUAUUUAUUAGCCUUUUGUAUUACCUCAAGAGGUCAAAAAUGAUGCGUCUGCCUGAGCUUCAGAGCCAGAAGAACUCUCUAUUCAUGGCCAUGAACCGCUUCAUCAGCGCUGUCAACAACAUGGACCAGACGGUGAUGGUGCCAAGUCUGCUACGCGACGUGCCACAUGAGCGCGCCAGUGAUGCUGGAGACUACCUGCGUGCCUCCGAGGCCGACAUGUACACCUACUACACACAGCUGAAAACCAUCCGCAAUGAAAUCGAGUGGGGGGGAGCUGUACUGCGAGGCGAGGAGCCGCAGAGAUCCGCUGAAGAGUCGCAGAGACUCGCUGAGAAAGCAGCCGAGCACGAGAUGAGUGAGCACGCAGAGCUGGAGCACCUGCUGCGUUUCCAUCUGAAGGGGCUGUAUGGUGUACUGGCCAAACUCACCAGCCACGCCAAUGAACUCACCGACCGCUACAAGCAGGAGAUCGGCAUAGCUGGAUGGGGACAUUGAGACAGAAAGACAAGCAAGACUCAAACCCCCACAAGGAGAUGACUUUUCAGCAUUAAAAGUGUUAUCUUUUGUGAUUAACAUCAUUUUUGGUAUUGACCAAAGCUGAUGCCAAGUGUCAAGCCACCUUUUUGCACAAAUCUUACCUCCUCUAUGUAUUUGGGAGCUGUGUUGUAUGUAUUACUGUAAUGCAGAGAGUGGGCAGAAGACAAAUCUGUUCUUAUGAUGCAAUCCCUCUCGAAUAUCACUCUUUCAGCUGCAUUGAAAGCUUUCACAGCUGAAUGUAUUUAUUUUUGUUGUUCUUGUUUGUGCAGUCUACACAGAAUUAGUUUCAGUGAAAGGAAAAUGAUCUGAAACUACCUGUCAGUCAAUGACCUGGAUUGCUCUGAAAAGUACACUUCAUGAAGAGCUCCUUGAGAUAUUUGUUGUUGUUGUGCCACUGUUGCCAGUGCCUUUGUCCAAAACAUUUGUUGUUACUUUUAUAUUGGAGAUUAAUUUGUAUUAAAAUAAACAUGAUGUGUUUGAUUCAUGA